AUGCAGAAUCCUAGUGAGGAUACAGAAUGGAACGAUGCGCUGCGUCGGCAUGGAAUUUUGCCGCAAAAAGAAAGCGAAGUUACAGAAGAUCAGUUGAUAAACCUGGUCGAAGAAACCGUACAGAAGAGAACUGGAAUGAAUGUAGUCAAAGCUUAUGAAGACAUGACUUUAGAUGAGCUAGAGGAACUUGAAGAUGAAGAAGAUGAACGCGUUCUUUUACAAUAUAGGUAGGAGAUCAGUGUGUAACGUGGAGUCAUCAUAAUGUUUUUCACUUUAAUCUAGGUAGCAAGGAAUAGAAACUAUUUUUACCUUAUAAGGAAAUGUUAACAAAUCCUUUGAGAUUUGACUUGCAAAAUAGCUUGUCAAGAGCUUUUCAAAUUUAAAGGUUUUUAUCUACCGACUAUAAAAUUCAUUGUUAAAUGAAAGUACUCUUGCUAAUAUUAAUAAACGAAAUUCGCAAAAUUAUAACACUCUAGUCUCCUUUUUCAAAAGUGUUAUCCCCAAAGAGCAAAAUGCCACAUCCUACAUGUUUGAGAAUACAACUAUUUUAAUAUUUUGUUUAUUUUGGACAAAACACUGACCCCCCAGUCCAUGGACUACCCCCGUGGACUGUCCCAAUGGACUACCCAAAAAUGGACCACGCUACUGAAAAUUCGUGAUCAGGGUUUGGAAACUGAGUGAAUCAAGUUUCAGGUCAGUUUUUCCAGUAUAGUGGCCCUCAAUGGAACCUGGUUGACUCAGUUUGCUAACCCUGAUCACUAAAUUCCAGCAGCGUAGUCUAUUAUAGGGUAAGUUAAUAUUGGUAGUCCAUAGAGGUAGUCCAUGGACUGGGGGUCAGUGUUUUGUCCACCACCUUGAAAAACACCAAACUACAUGUACCAUGUGAAAAGUACUGCAAUGUCAAAGUAUUACAAACUGUAAAAACCCCUCUCACUAAAUUGUCUUGUGAGAUGUCUUUAUCCUCUUUUUUUCAAGACAGCAAAGGAUAGCAGAAAUACAAAAAUUGCAGCAGGCAUCAAAGUUUGGUGAUGUAAGGGAAAUUUCUGCUCAGGACUAUGUAGAUGAAGUCAACAAAGCUGGUAAAGGAGUAUGGGUAGUUCUACAUCUCUACAAAACUGGGUAUCCUUUUGUAAUAAUAUGAGCCCUUGUACAGUGAACUCAGAGAAGUGAACACCAGAAAUCUUUUUAAAAUAUUGUCGCUGGAAAAGCCAAUCAGGUGUGUUAUUAGUAUUAAAUGUUUAAUUGGUCUUUCUCAGGGUUAGAGGGAACAUUUGGCUUCUUAUUUUUGCCCUUUGGCACGUAUGAUGAGCAUAUUUGGAGCCCAUUUCUUGAAAGACCUGACACCUUUUUGGGCCCAAAAUGAUCCAUACUGUACUUACAUUUAAAUGAUCUUGAAAGUUGGACCAAUUUGUGCUGGUUUGUAGCUUAAUUCCUGCAUUACUGUUCUUCAGUCAGCUUCAAGCCCUUUAAACACUAGAAUUAAACACUAGGCUUGUUCUUUUUUGUUCAUGGUUUUAUGGUUUCAUUGCUUUUUUUUUCUUCAAAUUAUGACUCUUAAACAGAGCUCGAAAAAAAAUUAAAUUCCAGCGCAUUGUUUGGGCAAGCAACCGUCACAUUUUGCCUGCCCAGCACAACUACUUAAUUGUCUUAGCUAACAGUACAGGGAGCUUAAGCAAGAAUGACGGUGAAGGCCACAAAAAUGUCACUUACAAAGACUAAAAAGUGAAUUUGUGCUGCCUCAAACUUUGUCACACUUAUUCCAUCUUGUUUAACUCGUCAAAUGUUGGCAAUUUUUUCUUGUAGUUGAAUUCUAAAGGACUGUAUCAAAGUUCAGGAAAAAAAUUUAAAAGAAAGUUGUCGUCUUUUUGUUGCCAUCCUUGACAAAAUGUGAAAUUAGGCAUUUUCACAUUGUAGUCGUGCAAUGAAGGCUAAGAAAUGUACAAAAAAGUGUGAUGUUGCUGUUUUGCUAAUGUAAACCUACUGCUUUUUUGCCAUUUUUGUUGCUGUCGCCAUUGUUGUUGCUUAAGCUCCCUAAUGAUUAGUCAGAGGAUGGCUUACCUGGACCCACCCUUGCCCAUGGGCAAGUGAGCUUUUAAAGUUACUUGCCUGGCAGGAAAAACUACUCGUCCCGGAUGACCUGGAUGGGAUUUUUUUUGUCCAGCUGUACAGGUUCGAUAUUUAAUGGAAAAUGUCAAAGCAGGCUGCAAUACUAUUUUUUCUUCCCUGUUGAGUUAUUUUUAAAAUAACUACAUGCCAUUUUGCCAUCCAUCUGUUCAGUCAUAGAUCACAUUCUUUUAAAUUGUCAUUUAAAUUAUACUAUAAUUUGUUUAUCCACAGAGCACUUAGGAGUUCUUAAGAACUCAUUGAAAUGUGUCUGUGCACUCCAGAUUGAAUUGUAAUUUGGAAGUGUUGGUUUUUAAAGAAAGGGAAACACCGGAGUACCCAGAGAAAAUCCUCUCGGAGCCAGAGAGAGAACCAACAACAAACUCAACCCACAAAUGGCCUCAACACCAGGAUUCAAACCUGGGACACAUUGGUGGAUUUGUUGAAGGCGAGUGCUCUCACUACUGCGCCACCCUUCCUCAUAAAUAUUGCUGCUGAAACAAAAUCUACCACAUCCCAAGCCUCGGGUAGAAAGCGCAUUCUGGUGUUUAAUUUCCCAACAAAGAUUACCUCUGUUAAGAUAAUACAGCAACGAUUUGUGAUUUGCUUUUUUGUUUUGUGCAACAUUUGUGUUGGUUCCUCCUUAAUUUUCAAUUCAGCAUCCCAUUGUGUGCGUUAAUAAAUCAGUAUUUUAGCCGCCUUGCCCAGAAGUUUCCAGCUACAAAAUUCUUAAAGAGCAUAUCUACAACAUGUAUACCAAACUAUCCAGAUAAACAUCUACCAACUAUAUUUAUCUACUAUGAGGAUGAUAUGAAGAGGCAGUUUGUAGGACCACUGGUGUUUGGAGGAAUGAAUUUGAAGAUUGAUGGUAAGUUAAGUUAACAAUAAAUUUUGUUGCUCUUUUUUUCUGUCUUGAAUGGAAUACUAGUUCAUCCUGGGUUACCUCCAGUGUUUCAUAUUCAAUAGGUAGAUAGAAUGUUUGGAUUGUCUAGGUGAAUGUAGUCCUGAAUAAGACUGUUUUUAAAAUGACUGACGUUUCAACAACCUGUGUUGUCAUUAUCAUCAGAUGAAUUCAAAGUGAGUUGCAAAUUUUCUGGUGAUGGUAUUUGACUUUGGUUAUUGACCAGAUAAUUGGUCAAUUAAGUUAAGCCGUGAUGUUAUUGGCUCGGAUGUCAUCUAUUUAUCUGGGUGAAGAGAAAGACUGAGGAGCAAAGUUUCUGGAAACAAUUGACAGUUGACUUACUGUACAGUACCGCAAAUGAUCCCCAACCGCAAAUGAUCCCGAGACCGCAAAUGAUCCCCAAAAUGGACCGCAAAUGAUCCUCGAUCGCAAGUGAUCCCCAAAGUCGACCGCAAAUGAUCCCGAAAGAAAAAUAGGAAUGACUUGGACUCAAGUUAUCGGACCAUCGUGUCGAUUUUAUUAUUAUUACAGUAAGUCAGAUUAAAAGCUAAAUUUUGCUUCUCAAAUAAAUAUAUGACUAAAAACUAAAUGGAAAAAAUCAUUCAAAGCAAUUGUGAUUUUUGCCGCUUAUUUCAUACUGAGAGGUCAUGACAUGCAUUUUCUGCGAUUAUUGUUGUUUCUGGUCGUUAUGAUUUGCCCUUUGAUGCAAGAGCAUUCCUUUGACCUCUUUUGAAAUGCAGUCAGCUCUUCAUUGCCGCUAAAUAAGGGUUUUAGGUUGUUUAAUUUUCUCCAAAGUGCCUCCUGGAUCCGAAUAAUCAUAAGCGAUUUUCUUUUAGUCCGUGAAUGUGACGGUUUGCUACGAUGUUUUGUCACGCGAUAACUACCGCUCACCUGGCUUUGUGUUUGUCAUUACCAGGUUUAGAUUCCUGGUAACUGCCUUCAGCAAAGGCACAACAAAUGAAUAUACAUAAAAGCGCCAAUAUAACUAUCCACAACACGUUCAUGAGCUGUAAGAAAGUUGCUAUUUCGAAAUAAACCGAAACCUGUGGACAUCGACUUUCGGAGGCAUUUUGUCUUGUGUUUAUGUUAAAUCAUGUCUUGUUUCGUAACGGGCACCUAAGUUACGAACAAAUGUCUUGCUGUUUAUCACGUAAAAAUCAAAAUUAAAUAUUCUGGCUGAUUAAUUUCACGCUUUCAAAAAGAUCAGAAUGUCAAUAAAGCUCUUGUUAUGUAGAGGGUGCCCGGCUUUGUAUUCCUCAGUAGAAAAGUUGAGCUUCUAGGCGUUAAAAUAAUAGAGUUUUUUCGGCCUAACGUCCUACCUGUCUUAAAUUUUUCAAAAGACGAAACAUUCUUAAAAAAAAAUUGAAACAAUCGACAAAGCAAGAAGUAUACGGUUAAUACCAUACUUUUCAGAUUUAUUCAAUUUUUUUUUCACCUUGUAUAAAUUGACCUGAGAUGUAGCGUCCUCCUUCCCUUUUUCUUUAAAAGGCGAGAGAAAAAGGAUUCUUUUUUAUAAUCAGUCCUUUUUUGUAAUCAGUCCCAUAAAAUCCAUUCCAUUCCUCAAGUUUUCACGGGAUCAUUUGCGGUCGACUUUAGGGAUCACUUGCGGUCGAGGAUCAUUUGCGGUCCAUUUUGGGGAUCAUUUGCGGUCUCAGGAUCAUUUGCGGUUGGGGAUCAUUUGCGGUACUGUACAGUACUUUCUUCGCUAUAACAGUUGCAUGUGGCAGUCCAUUGCCACUGGUGGCACAUACUUUGUGUCCGGCGAUUCAUAUAAGUUGUUGAUGUUCACAUUACCAAAGAUCUAUCAUGGGCUGUUUGCUGCGAUUAUGUUAUCAAGAAAGCCCAGCGAAGACUCUAUGCCCUGAGAAAUCUUAGGAAAGUGGAGUCCAUCUGGAUGUUUUUGUUAUUGUCUACAGUUUGCUUGUCAGAUCUGUUCUUGAAUAUGCAGCCACAUGCAUCGCACCAAUGACAUGGAGAAAAUCCAAGAGCGCGCCCUCUCCAUUAUCUAUCGCUUUACUUCAUAUGAAGACGAAUCACUCAGACUUCAUCAGCAUUGUGAGGUGACAGGUUAUGUAAAAGAAAAGUUAUGAAUCCCCAAGAGAGCAUUUUGGUGGUAGAUUGUUCAGUCACUGUCCUCAGAUGGAGUAUACUGUAGUUCAGAGAACCAACAAUCUGCACCCUUGACCAAUGCUGACUUCUGAGUUUGUGCUUUUUCUUCAGGUACAUGUACAUUGACUAGCAGGGCUACAUUUUUUAAUUCUUUUAGCCCCAAUAUCAACAUACAAAUUCUCCAAACUCAUCUCCAUACAUCUCCCUUAAUAGGGAUGAGGGCCUGGACCUACAACUUAUUUACAAUCCUCCCUUGAUGAUUCGUAACUUUUAUGUUAUACAACCUGUCACCUCACAAUGCUGAUAAGUCUGAGUUAUUCAGAUGAAAUAUUUGUUUCGCUUCUUAAUUUUUGCUCUGAGUUUUGGAAUUUUUUACUCUAAAUUAGACAAAAAUGUGUUACUGCAUAUAUUAUAAACACCUUCCAACCAGUCGAAAUCCUAGUUCUCCUCUUCAAUUACUACAUGAACACUUCUGACUAUUCGUAAAGAAUAAUAUUCUCUUAUUUUUUCCUGUAAUAUAUGUUAUUUUUUCAAAAUGUGUAAUUUGUGAUUGCAGAAUUAGAGUGGAUGUUGUCAGAAGCAGGGGCAGUGAAAACAGAGUUAGAAGAAGAUCCUCGAAAGAAAAACAAAAUCCAUGAUGUCAUGACAAGUUCAUUACGGCAAGCAAAUGUGAAGGACAGUGACAGUGAUGAUGAUGAUGAUGAUGAUGAUUAGGCCUAUCUAAUAUAAUAGUAUGUCAUUUUUAUCCAGUUUGU